CACGCACGCAACGGCGCCGUUCACCCGGGAGGUCUCAGGAAACCCAUCGGAGGACACACACCUCCCCCUGAGACCUUCCCGCGGUGACGCGCCGGCCGGCGGCGAGCCACCGCCGGACCAAAACAAUUAAAGGCAUCACACGGUACAACACGAUGGCGGCGAGCCUCGUGGGCAUUCUCUUCUGCGUCGUCUCCACCGCCACCGCGUCAUCGUCGUCGUCGUCGACGGCGGUGGUGGCGGCGCACACCGUCACAUCGUACAACGCCACGGCCGACGAGGAGUACUGGGCGAGGCGCGACGAGGAGGCGCGGUCGUACAGCCGCGCGGCGUACGUGAGCGACCCCGUGGCCACCCUGAACCGCUUCAACGCCGACGUGCUGCGGGCCACCACGCGGCGGUCGCUGGCCAGGUACAGGGGGCCCUGCAUGGCGACGAACCCCAUCGACCGGUGCUGGCGCUGCCGCGGCGACUGGGCCAGCGACCGGAAGCGGCUGGCGCGGUGCGUCCGCGGGUUCGGGCACAAGACCGUCGGCGGCGCCGCCGGCAAGAUCUACGUGGUGACCGACGCCAGCGACGACGAGAUGAUCGUGCCCCGGAAGGGCACGCUCCGGUACGGCGUGAUCCAGGACCGGCCGCUGUGGAUCGUGUUCGCGCGCGACAUGAUCAUCCAGCUCCGGCAGGAGCUCAUCGUCAGCCACCACAAGACCAUCGACGGCCGCGGCGCGCAGGUGCACAUCACCGGCGCGCAGAUCACGCUGCAGGGGGUGCAGCACGUGAUCGUCCACAACGUCCACAUCCACCACUCGGCGCCGCACGGCGGCGGCAUGAUCCGCGACUCCAAGCGCCACUACGGCCGCCGCACCCGCAGCGACGGCGACGGCAUCUCCGUCAUGUCCUCCAGCAACGUCUGGAUCGACCACGUCUCCAUGUCCAAUUGCUCCGACGGCCUCGUCGACGUCGUGAGCGGCUCCACCGCCAUCACCAUCUCCAACGGCCACUUCACGAAGCACGACCACGUGAUGCUGUUCGGCGCCAGCAACAGCGACCCGCAGGACAGGGUGAUGCAGAUCACCGUCGCCUUCAACCACUUCGGGAAGGGGCUCGUGCAGCGGAUGCCGAGGUGCAGGUUCGGGUUCUUCCACGUGGUGAACAACGACUACACGCACUGGAUGAUGUACGCCAUCGGCGGCAACAUGAACCCGACGAUCAUCAGCCAGGGGAACCGGUUCAGGGCGCCGGACGACGGCGAGCUGAAGGAGGUGACGAAGAGGGAGUACACGGCGUACGAGGAGUACAAAGAGUGGGUGUGGAAGUCGCAGGGCGACCUCUUCCUCAACGGCGCCUUCUUCAACCAGUCCGGCGGCCGGAACGAGCGCCGCUACGACCAGCUCGACUUCAUCCCCGCCAAGCACGGCAGCUACGUCGGCCAGCUCACGCAGUUCGCCGGCACGCUCAACUGCCGCGUCGGCCAUCCAUGCUAGCCACCAUGCCUUAAUUUAUACAACCGGCCGGGUGCCUGCCACUAUAUGUAUAUAGUUGUACAUGUAUAAAACAUGUAUAAUAUUUCCUCCGUUAUAUAUUAUAAUGCUCUAUGGUUUGCCUACAUUAAUCAUUUAGUUCAUCUAGGUAUUAAUGCAUAUAUUUUUUUAUAUGCGUUGGUCACCCAUGCUAGCUGCUAAUUAACCACCAUGUAUGCCUUAAUUUAUACAACCGGCUGGGUGCCUGCCCCAAUAUGUACAGCGGUACAUGUAUAAAUUAAACCUGCAUAAUCAUUCUCCAAAACAAAAAAAAAUA